UAAUGACACACACUCCAACUCUAGCUUUGGUAGUCCUGCCGACCUGCUGCUGCUCCAAACGUGAGUCACGUGAUCACUGGGCGUCAUAAUAGUGUGUGUCAGCACCCCCGACGUUCACACACUUCCCCAGGAUAUCCAGAAUAUUCUGUUCCCUCAGUCAGUAUAGACUUUCCCGUCGUCCAGUUUUGCAUUUAACGAACAAGCAUCAUGUUAUGUGUCCUUGGUGUCUCAGUGACGCUUCUCCUACUGUUUUCGGGAGCAAACGGACACCUGAUUGCCCGCCUAGCCAACGGGACUUACUAUGCGGGGCGUCUGGAGAUUCUGUACAAUGGAACCUGGAGCACAGUGUGUGACGAUUCCUUUCAAGACGUUGACGCAGAGGUAGCCUGCAGGAUGCUGGGAUUUUACAGCCCUGGUGCUGUAGCUGUGUUGUCUAACAUGUAUGGGAUGGGUCAUGGCAGUAUUCUGCUUGAUAAUAUUAACUGUCAGGGAACAGAAAGCAACUUGGAACAGUGCACCCAUCUAGGGUACUACCGCCAUGACUGUGGACACCACGAGGACGUUGGUAUCAUCUGCAAUAUCCCUGGUCAGCUGACAGCUCGCUUAGUCAACGGCACCCACAGGGCGGGUCGCCUGGAGAUUCUGUACAACGGGACGUGGAGUACAGUGUGCAAUGAUGCACUUUGACACUGCUGAUGCACAGGUGGCCUGCAGGAUGCUGGGCUUUACAAGUCCGAAUGCUGCAGUCGUGGGCACUGCUGUCUACGGGAAGGGUCGAGGAAAUAUUUUGCUUGACGACGUAAAUUGUACGGGGACUGAGACCAGCCUGGCGCAAUGUUCUCACAGAGGAUACUACACGCACAACUGU